UUUUGGAAAUAAAAUAAAAGCCAAACAAGAUGUGAAGCAGUCGAGUUGGUAGAGGGGAACCAAAAAGUAGUGUGAGUGUUGACCUAUCAAACUAUCUUCAGUUUAAGCUCUAGCUAGGGUGUUAUCGUGUCAACAUGACUUCCAGCUCUCCAAAUCGUACCUUCUUGUAUAUAGCCGCAUGUGCAGCUAAUAUUGCGGCUUUUGUCUGCGGAACUGGUUUUGGAUGGACUUCACCAGAACUUCCCAAACUUAAAGACAAUACUACAAGUCCAUUAGAUCACGAACUAACAGAUACUCAGGAAGGAUGGAUUGGUUCGUUUUUACCACUAGCAGCAGCCAUUGGACCGAUCGGAGGAGGGGUUUUAGCUGAUAUAAUCGGAAGGAAGAAGACGUUAUUACUUGGAACGUUACCGUUUAUAGUAGCAUACAUUUUAAAUAUAUUUGCGAAAUCCGUAUUCAUCUUCUAUAUUGGACGGUUCCUUUCUGGAAUUGGAGUGGGGAUAAUAUUUACAGUGUUGCCCAUGUACAUUGGAGAAAUAUCAGAUGAUGAUGUAAGAGGAUCCCUUGGGUCUUUCAUGCAAUUUUUCAUAGUGAUAGGGCUACUAUUUUCAUAUGCCAUUGGACCAUUCGUAAGCAUUGCAACAUUUAAUAUUAUCUUGGUAAUUCCUCCUGUUCUCUUCAUGAUAAUAUUCUUGAUAUUUAUACCAGAUAGUCCUUGCUAUCUUCUUCAAACUAAAAACACCAAAGAUGCACUAGAAGCGUUGAUUAGAUUAAGAGGAAGAGAAAUAUCGUUUGUUCAAAAAGAGAUGGAGGUUAUGAAAGUACAGGUAGAAAAAGAGCAGCGAGAUAAAGGAAACUUUUUUGAUAUCUUCAAAUGUAAAGGACUUAGAACUGCAUUAUUUUUAUCUGUGGGUUUGGUGGCAUUUCAACAAUUAUCUGGAAUUAAUAUCAUCUUAUUCUAUUCACAAAAUCUUUUUACGGAUGCAGGUGUAGCUUUGGCACCAGAAAUAUGUACAAUUAUUAUAGGAGUAGUUCAGAUUAUUGCAAGCGGUUGCACCCCACUUCUUGUUGAAAAAUGGGGUAAAAGAUACCUUCUGCUGCUUUCGGGUGUAGGAAUGGCUCUAUCGGAAGGAGUCCUAGCAUUCUUCUUUUACCUUAAAGAUGACAAACAAAGCGACGUUUCUAGUAUUGGUUGGUUACCCAUAGCAAGUAUGGUUGUGUACAUCAUAACAUAUUGCCUAGGUUUCGGUCCUCUUCCGUGGGCAGUCAUGGGCGAGCUUUUCCCAGGAAAUAUUAAAUCUGUCGCAUCAUCGGCUACAGCUUCAAUGUGUUGGAUUUUAGGGUUCUUUAUUACAAAUUACUUUGGAUUGUUAACACAACUAAUAGGUAAAUCAGGUUCAUUUGGAUUUUUUACAGGUUGGUGUUUGAUAGCAAUUGCUUUUGUUUACAAGUUUCUUCCAGAAACUACAGGCAAAAAUGUCCAUGAGAUUCAGUAUAUCUUAAGUGGAGGUAGUAGGAAGCCAUCUUAUCAAAUUUAGAAAUUAUUAAUAUUGUUUGCAUUAUAUUUGUGUUAAAUUUUAUCUGUGGCUCUGUGUUAAAUAUUUUUUAUCUUUACUAAAAUGUAAGCACUAAUAGAUCUCUAAGAAAAUAUUUACCGCUACAGAUUCAGCUAUUUUCAGUUACCAUUGCACAAAAUGGUAAUAUUUAGUAUAAAAUUAAAAGAAAGAGGGAUAUGUAAUAAAAAUUUUAGUUUACGAUUAGUAGUACUAGAGUAGUAGCAAAAGUACUGCAAAACCAAGUUAGAUAGGUAAAGGCUCCAUUAUAUAUUAUUUAUUGUUAGAAUUGCAUUACAACUCAUCCAUUAGUAAAAAUGUAUGCCAUUUUUAUUCAGUUGCAAUGCGAAGGCAAAAGAAUGUUAUUUUUCACUUGGAAUACGGAGCGCAGUCCAGCACUCUGAAUCGACGAUUUUCGACUCUUGUUGGAGUCUCAUCGGAGAGAACGUAGGCCUGCUGCUAUCUGCUCGAAGUGACCAAACCAUGAAAGUUUAUCCCCGCAUUGCAACUGACGUGUAUGGAGUAGGUGACUAGCGUCAUAUGUCAACUGAAAGGUAAAGUUUUCAAUCCUAAUAGCAACAUUAAUAAUAUUAAAAUAUAUUAAAAAUAUUACUAAAAGAUUUCUAAAUUGAAAACUUAUUGGUCCAUGCCCUGGUAACACCUCCAUGGCUUCUAAAAUUUGCAAGCCAGAUGAAUGCUGCAGUGAAGACAAGAGGGAAUUCUAAAAAGUUGCAAUUCACAACCCCCGUCUGCGGCUUGGUAAAGUUCCAACGGAAAAUGGACCUAGUUACUCUAUAGGAGCAAUACUAAUAUAAUGUAUACCAUUUUUAUUCAGUUGCAAUAUGAAUGAAGGCAAAACAAUCUUAUUCUUCACUUAGAACAGGGAGCGCAGUCCAGCACUCUGAAUCGAAGAUGUUCGACUCUUAUUGGAGUCAUCAUCGGAGAGGCGUAGGCCUGCUGCUCUCUGCUCGAAGUGACCAAACCUUUACCUUUUUGUUCCAAUAGUCUUUAUAGAAUUUGAAACUUUGAAAACCUGGGAGACACCUACACCAGAAGAUAUAGUACCAGAAUAUCAAAUGAUUCCAAAGAAUGACUCAUUAAUCAUCAUUAAUGGCUCGAUGGCCUUUUUGGUCUUGACUCUUCCAGGAUUCCUCUCCAUUGUGAUCUUGUUCGUGUUUUUUUCUCCAAUUUUUAUUUUUAAGGUUGCUAUAUUAUUUUCUAUUUGUUCGAUGUAUCCCAACGGCGGUCUUCCUCUUCUUAUUUUUCUUUCUGGCACUAUUUGCCUAUUUUGUGUGGAAAUCUCGAUUUUUCCAUUCUUUCCACAAAUGGUACUAUAUCCGAUUCUUUUUUUUUCUCUGAUUUUGGCUUUGGUUUAGAACUAGAACCUUUAGCCACGUAAUUGUAUAACUUAUCACUAAGUCAGGGGAGUAAUGUGUAGUGUGUGUGUUGAGUAAGUGCCUUGUUACUUUGCAAAGUCGACGUCAUUGAUAUAUCUUAAAGUUACAUAUUCUUUUCCAAGUUACAUUUUCAUUUGCUCCUUUGAAUAUGUGUCAAAAGGCUUUUUCUUUCAAAGGUAGCUAAUGAUCUUUCCUCACUUUUAGAAAGUGUCAAGGUUUCUGAACCAUAUGUGAGUACUGAUCUUAUUAAGGUUUUGUAUAUUCGGCAUUUUGUUUUUUUCUUGCGAUGUUACAUGUUACCUGAUCUGUCUAAAUAAGCCAUGUAACUUGUUUAUUGGCAAAGAAGAUUAGACGUUAGAGUUAUCAGACCUAACUUGUGCUCCUACGUUUGUAAAGUUUUUACACCCUCAAUGUUGUAUUUUCCUAUGAUUAGGUUUUGUAGUUGCCUUAUUUCUGCAUUGCUAUUUGCAUUAGUGUUUCUUUGUUUACGUUUUCUCUAUUAUGUUUUCGAAGGAUUUACUUUUUCUCUUUAAUCAGUUGUCUCCUAUUUUACUUCUUCUUCUUCUUCUAGUACCGACUUCACUAAUGAAGGUUGAUAACCAUUAUAAAUUCAUCGCUACCUUCUGCUUUUCUGAAAAGCGUAUGUGUGUUUAACCCGGUCCAGUCGCGAAUGGUUUUCAGCCAGGAUAUUUGAGGAGCUAAGUAUGAAAGACGGACUACUCCAUUUUGUACUUUUUUCAGGAAAGCUGAAAAACUGCAGCGCGUUAUAUUAUCUACAUCCAAUUGUGAUUUUUUUAUGAAUAUACUUCUAACGUCUCUUAAUACAUUUGAAUAACGAAAAUGUAAAUACUUUUAUGUUUUAUUCCUUAAAAUCAAUAACGAAAAUGGAGUUGGCCGAUAUUGCAACCACGUUCUGGAGCUGUCCGUUUUUGAACCCAAUUUCGAACCUAAACGAAUUAUUUUUGUCGACUUAUCUCUUCCUGGCUUCAUUUUUAGGCGCACUUGCAUUUUUCGGAAAAAUAUCUCAAAUAAUAAUAAAAAAACACGAAAACGGUUUAAAUAACGUCGUAAAUUGUUGCAAACUUGAAACGCAAUGUAGUAAAAACUCAGUAGGUUUGUUCUAGUGCGCAUGGCAACUUGACGGAAAUACUACCUUUCAAUUGGCUGUAACGAAGUAGUCCUAUUCUGCUACAAAAUCAAGUUGGAGCUGUCCGUUUCUGAAACUGAUGCUCGUUUUAAAAUGUAAUUUCUUGCAUGUUCUAGCCGCUUUUGAAACUAAAGCAAUUCAGAUUUGAAUUCUGUGUGAAAAAUUCUAUAAGACUGUACCAUUAACUCAAUUUUGAAAAAAAUGUAGUUGUCCGUCUUUUCCUUCGAUUUUACCUCUCACAAUCAGCUGUAGGGACUCGUACUUAUCAUUUUUAAGUAUGUGCCCCAAAUAUGCUCUUUUUCUCUUUUGAAUUUUAAUCUGUUUUACUUAGUUGUUUAUAGUCCUCCUCGUCUUGUCGGGAUCUGUGUCACAAGUGCAAAAGUAAAUAUGUAUUAUUUUUUCUUUCUGUUAUAAUCGCACAGUCUUCGUCAAACCAGUCAUUAGUUCAUGUUGCUCUUUUUACAUCUGCCAUGCCUUCUUUAGCUGCUUUUUUAUUAUGUUUCUGUACUCUUCCCACUCCUCAUUUACGUUUUCAUGUAUUAUUAUUGUAGGAUGAAUUACCUUGGUCUAUAAAACGGGCGUUCAGAUUUAUGCAACAAUUAUAGAAGAACCAGGGCAGUAUGACAAACAUUAUUUGUGUAGAUUACAGCAUCAAUAAUAAUAUCGUAUGGCAUCUUUGCCGGGGAAAUACUUUUGGAUUUUUCCGGCGCCAAUUGCAUCUUUAACCUUGUUUGAAGUAACUAAUCCAGGGGGACCGACUCUUUAACGUACCCUCCGAAGCACGGUGAACGGCUCGUAUCAUAGAAAUAAAAAUGUUGUUGGUGCCGAGAAUCGAGAAUCGGCUUAUAAAGCCAGUACCUUGCCGCUAGCUAUUGCUACGACUAGCUACUGGCUACGACCGUCCACAACAACAACACCAAUGAAGUAGCAGAACAAAACCGAUUUUGAGCAGUAUAAGCAACGAUAGAUAUAACAUUAUCUUUCUAUCAACUAAUCAAAAAAAAGAGUCGAAGAUUCACAGAAAAUUCAGUCUCUAAAAUAAAAUAUGUUAAACAUCUAUCAAAAAGAUUUAACGUAAUGACAAUAUUGCUGCCCUCCCCACUGUUAAGUAUAUAAAAAGAGCUAUGAAAAACUGGAAAAUAGUAGCAAAAGAUGCACUCGUGGGCUUACAAAUAUAUAUAGGUAAUAUAUUAUGCAGAUGACCAAAUAUUAAUAGCUUAUGAUGAAGAAGACUAAAAAUGGAAGCUAGAAAUGAGCAUAACUAAAUAAAUGUGGAUUUUAUUGAUUGCAUUGUUUAUUUUUUGAUUUUUACCUGCUGCGUGAAUUAUUAUUUUUUCUUUUCGAUUCAUUUGUAGAUAUAAACUUUUUAGCAUUUUUAUUUUUUUCUAAUCGUACGAUACCCUCUCUGUACAGGUUACAUAAUAAUGUAUUAAACAAAUAAUAUUUUUGAAAGAACUACUUUAUUCUUUAUUAAUUAAGAAAAUAUACCAAUGUCUAUACUCAAGAGUAUGAACUCCAAAGACUGAUUUACCUCGUUAGUAUGUUUUAAUACUGAAUAUGUAAAAUCUCCUAAUUUAAUAAAUAUAUUUUGUUAAUUAAAA